GCCGAGUCCGUUUGGGCGGGGAAAAUGAGCCAACGACCCGCAAAAGUCAACAUGGAAGCAAGAAACACCUUCUUAAUCCCAAUUCCCUAAAAAUCCCCAAUUCCCUCUAACCCUAAUUUCAAUCUUGACCACCUUUGCUCUGUGAAUUGUUCUUGUUCACCUGAAACAGAAAAGAGAUAGAUACACCAGAAUCAGAAUGGACGACAUGAAAGACAAGGUCAAGGGCUUCAUCAAGAACCCAUUCUCGUCUUCUUCCUCCGGCAAAUUCAAGGGCCAAGGCCGAGUCUUGGGCUCCUCCUCCGCCGGUCCCGCCAAUUCUCCGAUCCUCGGCCGCGCCUCGCAGCCUCCCCAAUCCAAGCCCAACCCCAUUUCCACCUCAAAGUCUUCUUCGUCAACUUCCAAGCCUUCGCCUCAGAGAACCCAGAGCCUCGAUCAGAAGAGACCCGAAUUGCCGACGGAACCAAAGCCCAACCGCAAACCGCAAGAGGGGUUUGAUCCGUUCGACGCCUUAAUCACUCCGGGGAAGAGAUCUCAGAAUGGGUUUACCUUGAACGUGUUUGAUUGCCCAAUUUGCGGCAAAGCUUUCAGGUCAGAAGACGAGGUGUCCAUACAUGUUGAUAGCUGUGUGAAUAAUUCAGCUGACAAUGAAAGUGCGGAGGGUGUUUCGGGGUCGGUGGAGAGUGUGGAGACGUCUCGGAGUGGAUUGGACGCUUGCAUUGGUACUUUUGCUUCAGGCAAUCCCGGUUCGGGGUCUGUUGAGGUUGUGCUGAGGCUGUUGAGGAAUAUAGUUAGGGAGCCGGAGAAUGUGAAGUUCAGGAAGGUUCGGAUGAGUAAUCCAAAGAUUAGGGAGGCCAUUGGUGAGGUUGUGGGAGGCAUUGAGUUGCUGGAGUUUGUGGGGUUUGAAUUGAAAGAAGAGGAGGGAGAGAUGUGGGCAGUGAUGGAGGUUCCUUCCGCAGAGCAGAUUGGCGUAAUGAAGAAGGGGGUAGAAUUGCUGGAACCGCCCAAGGUGCAAGAACCGCAGAAGAAAGAGAAGUUGACAUCUGCUGGUUUGGGUGACUUGGAUGAACAGAUUGAACCAAAGAAGGUUGACAGACAGACCAGGGUCUUCUUUUCUGUCUCUGAAAGUGUAGCAGCAAAAAUUGAGCUACCAGAAAGUUUCUAUAGCCUCUCAGCUAUGGAGCUGAAAAGAGAAGCUGAAGCGAGAAAGAAGAAGAUUGACGAUUCGCAGAUGCUGAUACCGAAGUCAUAUAGGGAAAAGCAGGCGAAAGCUGCUAAAAAGAGGUACACAAAAACUGUUAUCCGGGUCCAGUUUCCUGACGGAGUGGUGCUUCAAGGUGUUUUUUCUCCUGCAGAGCCAACUAGUGCUCUCUAUGAGUACGUCAGCUUAGCAUUGAAAGAGCCUAGUUUGGAAUUUGAGCUGCUGAAUCCUGCAGCUAUCAAGCGGCGGGUGAUCCCCCACUCUCCUGCAGCAGGGGAGAGACCAGCAACACUAGCUGAUGAGGACUUGGUCCCCUCGGCUCUUGUCAAGUUUAAACCUAUUGAAACGGAUUCCAUUGUUUUCACGGGGCUAUGCAAUGAACUCCUUCAAAUUAGUGAACCACUUGGAAGUGGUUCAGCUGUUGGUCAUGCAUAAGCUCUGUAUUGAUGAUUCGACGUAUUCAUUUGCAGCCAUAGAGACAUGAUUCAUAUGCUCUCUUAUUCAUGAUCGUAACUUCUCAGCCAAACAAUCUUCAGAUAGAUCUAUCCUUUCACCUUAUACCAGUAGAUCACAAAUUUUAUGGAGCGUGUACUUUUCUGUAAUGCAGAUGCUGCCCAUUUCUCCAGGCUUGUCGUGCAAUGAACUUGAUCUUAACCAAGUCAUGUUUUGUUGUAAAAUUCUUUUGUGACGUUUGAGGUAUUCAUUUGGGUUAUAGUAGAAAUCAGAAUGCUCAUUAUACACUGUCUUCCA